AUGGGCCAACACACGCGCCGUGAGUCCCUAUCCGCGCCCCACGUGGCUUCUCGGCCCGAUCACCAUGACUCUGCCGAGAUUGACCUUAUGUGGCCCUUCGUCAAGAUCGCCGGCAUGGACCGCGAUGAUAUCCGGGAGACGGCGUAUGAGAUAUUCUUCACGGCGUGCCGGUCGUCUCCGGGGUUCGGUGGCCGCAAUGCGCUGACGUUCUACUCGUCAAACCACCACGAGAGCGGUGGGGACGCGUCUGUGGGGACGAAUAAGGCCCAAGCGGUGGUGGUGAUGACCCCUACGAGCCGGGUGAAGAGGGCGCUCGGGUUGAAGAUGUUGGGGCGGUCACCGUCGAGGAGGAUGGUGUCCGGCGCGGGGGGCAAUGCGGGCGGGUCCAAUCCUUCUUCACCGGGUGAAAAGGGCAGCCCCUCCGGCUCCAUAUCGUUCACGGUUCCGCCGCCAGCGAGGCCAAGGCGGCCCAUGACGUCAGCCGAGAUCAUGAGGCAGCAGAUGCGGGUGACGGAGCAGAGCGAUAACCGGCUCAGAAAGACGCUCAUGAGGACCCUCGUUGGCCAAAUGGGUAGACGAGCAGAGACAAUAAUCCUUCCAUUAGAGCUCCUCCGCCACCUAAAGCCUCCGGAAUUCAACGACUCCCACGAAUACCAUCUCUGGCAAAGGCGGCAGUUCAAAGUCCUUGAGGCAGGGCUUCUCCUCCACCCUUCAGUUCCCUUGGAGAAAUCAAACACCUUCGCCAUGCGUUUGAGGGACAUCAUCCGAUCCAGCGAGUUAAAAACAAUCGACACCGGAAAGAACUCCGACACCAUGAGAACUCUCUUGAAUUCCGUUGUCUCCUUAGCAUGGCGAAGCGCCAGCGGAACUCCCACCGACGUUUGCCACUGGGCUGACGGAUUCCCUCUCAACAUCCACCUCUACACUGCUCUUCUCCAGUGCAUCUUUGACGUCAGGGAUGAGACGUUAGUCCUCGACGAAGUGGACGAGCUUCUAGAGCUAAUCAAGAAGACAUGGUCAACGCUGGGAAUCACCCGGGUCAUACACAACUUGUGUUUUACUUGGGUUCUGUUUCAGCAGUAUAUUCUGACAGGUCAGAUAGAACAGGACCUUCUCUGUGCCUCCCAUGCUAUGUUAGCAGAGGUGGCAAACGAUGUCAAGCGACCAGGCCGAGAGGGCAUGUAUAUCAAGAUCCUGUCGUCCGUACUGUCUUCCAUGCAGGGGUGGGCAGAGAAGAGAUUGCUCAAUUACCAUCACUAUUUCCAGAGGGGAAAUGUCGGCCUACUUGAAAGCCUUCUCCCUUUGGUUUUAUCCACCUCAAAGAUUUUAGGUGAGGAUGUUAAAUUCACCGAAGGGGUCGGGCAUGAGGAAGGAGGGGUAACUUUGGUGGACUCCACCGGGGAUCGUGUCAACCACUAUAUACGAUCAUCUCUAAAAAGCGCAUUUGCCAAGAUAAUUGAAAUCGGGAAUGUGAUGAGUGUUGCUGCCGAAGUGAAGCAAGAGGCAAACGAAGCUCUACUUCAAUUAGCUAAGGACACUGAGGAUUUGGCAAUGAAGGAGAGGGGAAGCUUCAGUCCCAUACUGAAGAAAUGGCACCCAACUGCAGCUGCAGUUGCUGCUGUUACGCUACAUAGUUGCUACGGAAAUGUGCUGAAACAAUAUUUAGGUGGGGUGUCGUUGCUCACAACAGAGACAGUCGGGGUGCUGCAGACGGCUGGAAAGCUGGAAAAGCAUUUGGUACAAAUGGUAGUUGAAGACUCUGCUGAGUGCGAUGAUGGAGGCAAAGCAAUCGUGCGAGAGAUGGUUCCAUAUGAAGUUGAAUCAAUCAUAUUGCACCUCUUGCAAACAUGGAUUCAUGAGAGGUUGAAGAAAGGGAAAGAGUGUCUCGUACGAGCAAAAGAGACCGAAACAUGGAAUCCAAAGUCCAAAUCAGAGCCAUAUGCGCAAUCAGCUGUGGAACUAACGAAAUUGGCCAAGGAAACUGCGGACAACUUCUUCGAAAUCCCAAUUGGAAUUACCGAAGAUUUAGUUCUAGAUCUUGCUGAUGGUUUGGAGACUCACUUCCAGGAGUAUGCUACAUUUGUUGCAUCAUGUGGUUCAAAGCAAAGCUAUAUCCCAACACUUCCUCCUCUAACCAGAUGCAAUCGAGACUCAAAGUUCCUCAAGCUGUGGAAAAAAGCUAGCCCAUGUGUUGGUGCAGAAGAGUAUGAUCACCAAUAUGGAGUAAAUGAAGGUCAACAUCCUCGCCCAUCAACUAGCCGAGGAACACAACGCCUCUACAUCCGCCUCAACACCCUGCAUUAUCUUCUCUCCCACCUCCACUCCCUCGACAAAACUCUCUCCAUCUCCCCUCGCAUCGUUCCUUCUACCCGCAACCGUUUCAGCAACAACCGGAGGUCUUUCAGCUCAUACUUUGAGGUUGCUAGCUCAUCCAUCGAAGCCGCCUGCCUACACGUCUCAGAAGUUGCCGCCUACCGCCUCAUCUUCCUUGACUCCAACUCUGUCUUCUACGGUUGUCUCUAUGUCGACGACGUCACCAAUGCAAGGAUUCGACCGGCAUUGCGAACUCUCAAGCAGAAUCUCACUCUCAUGACAUCGAUUCUCACCGACCGAGCUCAAUCCCCGGCGAUAAAAGAAGUCAUGAAGGCAUCGUUCGAGGCAUACCUUAUGGUUUUGCUUGCUGGGGGGUCCUCCAGGGUCUUCUAUUGGUCUGAUCACGAGAUGCUUGAGGAGGAUUUCAAGAGCUUGAAGCAGGUUUUCUGCAUGUGCGGAGAAGGGUUGAUAGCUGAGGAAGUGGUGGACCGGGAGGCUGAAAUAGUUGAAGGGGUGAUAACAUUGAUGGGGCAGGGCACCGAACAACUCGUGGAAGAUUUUAGCAUUGUGACAUGUGAAACAAGCGGCAUUGGAGUUGUGGGUUCAGGGCAAAAGCUACCGAUGCCUCCAACAACAGGAAGGUGGAAUAGAGCGGAUCCGAAUACAAUAUUAAGAGUGUUGUGCCACAGGAAUGACAGAGCCGCAAAUAAGUUCUUGAAGAGGGCAUUCCAAUUGGCAAAGAGGAGAUGAAAAUAAUUUGUUUUUUCUUGUAUAAUUGAAGCAGAUCGAGAGAUUGGA